AAACCCUAGUCAGGAAUCGAUAUAUUUUUGUUAGAAUAGCAUCAGCAUCAGCAUCAGCAGCAGCAGGCCUAAGCGAUCAACCAACCAAAAAAGAUAAACAAGAUGGUUUCAGGGUCAGGGAUCUGCGCCAAGAGAGUGGUUGUGGAUGCAAGGCAUCACAUGCUAGGAAGGUUGGCUUCCAUUUUGGCCAAGGAGUUGUUGAAUGGCCAAAAAGUAGUGGUUGUUCGAUGCGAAGAGAUUUGUAUGUCGGGUGGUUUAGUGAGGCAGAAGAUGAAGUACAUGAGGUUCUUGAGGAAGCGGAUGAACACUAAGCCUUCUCAUGGCCCCAUCCAUUUUCGUGCUCCUGCUAAGAUCCUCUGGCGCACCAUUCGUGGCAUGAUUCCCCACAAGACCAAGCGUGGGGCAGCUGCUCUUGCUCGAUUGAAGGCUUAUGAAGGGAUUCCAGCUCCAUAUGAUAAGACAAAGAGGAUGGUUAUUCCUGAUGCUCUCAAGGUUUUGAGGCUUCAGAAAGGACACAAGUACUGCUUGUUGGGCAAGCUUUCCUCUGAGGUUGGAUGGAACCAUUAUGACACCAUCAAGGAGCUCGAGAGGAAGAGGAAGGAAAGAGCUCAAGUGGCAUAUGAGAGAAGAAAGCAACUCACUAAACUUAGGGUUAAAGCCGAGAAGGUUGCUGAGGAGAAGCUUGGUGCCCAGUUGGAAGUUAUUGCUCCUAUCAAAUAUUGAUUCAAAGAUGAUUGAAACAUAUUGGUUACGUUUCAGUGCACUUCCAUAAUGUGUUUUUGAGUUGCUCAUAAUUUUAUUCCCCCAAUCGUUUCAGGUAGAUGCCAUGCUAUAUAUGUUCGUAUGUUAUCUCGGUGUUUUUCCUUCUUUGCUUGAGAAACAUUUCUGUUUUCUAGUUUCUGUUUUUUGAUAUUUAACGUUUUUCGGGAUUUGAUCAUGAUUUUACUAGAACUAAGAGUCCAAUAGUUUUAUCAUUUGAGCAAA